CUUUUUUUUUCCCUGUCUACGGAGUAGUUAGCAUUAUUAUUGUUGACGCUCGUAUAAGAAGCCCAGAGCCGGUCGAGAUGGCGGUGCUCAAAGGAAGCCCUGAGAUUGAGAUCAAUUGGCAUAGCACUGCUCCACCAUGGUGAAAAUACAUUCUGCCUCUGUUUUGUUUACCAGCGCAAUUGCGGCUUUGGCUUCGGCCUCGCCGGUUGCAGAUGUGAAAAGAGAUGUUGCUGCGCCGACGAACAAGGUCGUCAUGGACAAUGACUAUGCCGCAAGGGCUUGGAACAGCUUCUUGCUCGCGCUCAAUGCCGGAUGGGACGUACUUGGAUUGACUGCAUCUACCGGCGAUACCUGGAUGCCCCAAGGAGUUGAGCACGCUCUUGCUAACCUCGAGCUCGGCGGCCUGAGCUGCAUCCCCGUCUACGCUGGGUCCGUGUACCCGCUCCUCAACACCCCCGAGCUCUUCCAGACUUGGCAGAAGAUCCACGGCGCCGUUGUCUGGCAGGGAUCUUUCGCCCCCGAGAACGCGACCUUGGAGGCGGAGGGUAUGGACCCAACUUCGGGCGACCCGUUCCGGAUCAACACCAAGGCCCUCGUCAUGCAGCCUACGACCAUGGUCCAGAACCGCACCGGAGCAGUCAAUUUCAUGAUCGAGCAGGUGUACAAAUAUCCUGGCCAAGUGUCCAUCUAUGCAGCAGGUGCCUUGACCAACGUUGCUCUGGCAGUGCGAUCAGACCCCAAGUUUGCCUCGUUGGCCAAGGAGCUCGUCAUCAUGGGCGGCUACAUUGAUGUCAACAUGCUCGCCGCCACUGGUUCUCCUUAUGUGACCGAUCUCAACACUGACAUCAACACCAUGUAUGAUCCCGAGGCUUCCAAGAUUGCCUUGACCGCAGACUUCCCCAACAUUACCAUUGCCGGCAACGUCGCCAACUCCAUCAUCCCUACCGACGAGUGGUUCGACGAGCUGGUCAAGGUCGAGAGCCCGUACACCAAGUACAUCAAGGAGAACGGCCCCGGCAUGAUUUUCCCCUUCUGGGACGACAUUGCUGGCGCCAUCCUGGUCGAGCCUGCCAUUGUUACCAACAGCACCAAGGUCUACAUUGACGUUGACACGGCUUGGUCAAGCCCCAGCUACGGUACUGUUCGUGCCUAUGCCAAGGACUUGGCCCCCAUGGGAACCCGCGAGGUCAACUACGUCAACAAGAUUAACGAAACUCGCUUCUACGAGAUCUUGACGCACUCGCUGCAGUACCCGAAGACUUGCGCGGACCUUUCUUGA